CAAUGACAUUUGAUUGUUUUUCCAAUCUUAGGCGUCGCUUUCCGAUUCCGAUUAGCGAUUUGAUAAAACUUUUAAGUUUGCAGUGGAACAUGAGAUAAUAAAAUUAAUAAGAAUUAUCAACUCUAUUACACACUAUUGUAAUUACGAUAUAAAUAGACCUCUUAUGUGGAUUAGAGAAGGUCUGAAUCAAAAUGAAGUUGAAGAAAGUAAAAUCGGACACUGAGGCAGUGUCACCACCUGCCCCUCAGGCUGAAAUCAUCGAGGCAGACUUAUACAAGCGUUUAUACUUUGGACCGGAUAUCCCAACCCUAGAGUUGGAGUGCUGGGAAGAAGAACUUUCCGAAGCACAAUUGAAUGCAUACAAACAUGCUGGAGAUGAGUACAACAACAUACAAAACAAACUGGAUGAAAUGGUAAAGGAUACUGGGGGACAAGUAGUUUAUAACGGCAACCAGUUCACAGCAUACCAGCUACUUGGCAAGCAACCAGUACUGAAAGAUUUAGAAAGGCAGAGUGCAGAUAUCAUCAGAUCCCGAUCCCGUUCCCUCUCUGUGGUCAAGGAGAGCAAAGAAGUUACCAAAAACAAAAGAGGUAGACCGAAGAAGAACGCGCCACUAUACGCCGAGAAUGAUCGGGACUAUUCUCCAUCACCUGAAAGGAUCAAAACUCCAGAGCCUCGCCACAAGAAGAAGAAGAAGGAUAAAGACAAGAAAAAAGAAGAGAAAGAGAAAAGGAGAGAAGAAGAACCUAAAGAGACCAAGACUAAGGACAAAACAUUGGCACCUUCCAAUGUGCACAGCGUAGUGACGAACGUGCGUCCGUCGGAGGCGACGGCGGUGGGCGGCCUGCUGACGGGCAGCGCGACCAAGGCCACCGCCAUCGUCGACCUCACCCGGGAAGAUCAGAGCAACAAGAAUAUUGCUGACUCACGGGAAGUUUCCUUCAAUAAACUACAAGGCAAAACGUUCCCAUCAUUGGUGGUGGUGGCUCGGCCCUACCUGCGCUCUAAGGAGGCGCCGCCGCCGUCGGACCGCGCGGCGCUGGACGGCAAGGUGAAGUCGGUGCUCAUCCACACGCCCAUGAAGUUCACCGAGUGGCUCAUCCAGCAGGGGCUCGUGCGCUCCGAGCAGCGCUGUGCCGUCCACGCCGGGAACAAGCUCAAACUGGGCAUGUACUCCGAUGUAUCGAAGUUCCCAUACUCCGGUGGCUAUGUGUGGAUAUCGGAAUGCUGUCCCACACGUUUCGUGUCCGUGUUCUCCAGCUCCAUAUUCGAAGGUGCCACCUUCCCUCCGAGCGUGAUCCUCAAGCUGGUGUACCAUUGGGCCUGUCAGACCAACGUCCAGAAUGUGGUCCAGUGGGUCAAAGUGGACAAUUUGUACGUGAAAGGCCUUUUCACAUGGUUGAGAGCUGUUUGCACGUCCGCCAUACACAACCACAUGGGUUUGUUGGGUGGUUCGGGCAAGAAGAUCGAAGUGGGUGUGAUAUCUUUGGGAACUACGAGCCAUGAUGGCACACAGAGGCAGGUUAAAGUUGAAGUUUUGGGUGUUUUGGAUCCUGUUGAGAAAGUGAUCCGUCUUCGCGCUGUCGAGCCUCUAGCGGAAUACGAGAAGAAUUACAAGAAACGUUUCCAGAAGAUCCUGGAACCUCUCACCGGUUGGGUCCAUCCUUCUUCCGUUAUCCUCACCGACCUGACUGUUGACAAAGGCACCCUUAUCUCCAUGGGCUUUAAGACUGUACAUCAGUCAUCGUCGCACUCUGAACAACCAGCGAAACACAGCAAUGCGAACAUCAUGGAGUACUUGAGAAGGAUCGUGCCCAGAAUGUUCCAGAAUACGUUGUCUCUACUGUCGAGGCAGAUUAUACAGCAGUUUUUGGAUGAACUUGUUUGGAGAGAAAAGUUCGGCAUAUCCCCCGGGCAAGCGUUCGACAACAUAGUGGCGCACAUCGCGGAACAAACCAAGCUGGACGCGAAGGACCCCAUCACCAUCCGCCUCAACAAGAUCGCCGCCAACCCCUUCAAGAACUGGAAGUUUCCCACUAAGAAAAAUAAAAACGAAGAUCCACCGGAGCCUGAAGUUCGUGGCAAAAGAAAUAGAAAGAAGAAGGAGCCGUCGCCCGUACCCAUACCGCCUCCCAAGAAGAGAAAGAAGGAGAAGACCACCUACAUAGAUGAUGACGAGGAUGAAGAGAUUCCGUUAGCUCUUCGUCGCACUAAAAUCAAGCAAGAGAAGGAGAAAGAGAAGACCAAAGUGGAGAAAGAGUCGGAGCCGUCGGGCGCGCCGACGCCGACGCCGCGCGGGCGCCGCAAGACUGUCCGUUCGUACGUGGACGACGACCUCGACCUGGACGACGUGCCGCUCAAGAGCAUCAAGAAGGAGAUCAAGCCCGAGGAGACGGUGUCCUUGGAGAGGUUCUACUACGGACAGACGAAGGAGGAUGCUGUGGACAACAUUGCUAUUGCGGUUUUGUGUCCCAUCUGCCACGUGGAGUUCAACGAAAGCCUCCCGCUCAUGGAGCACAUAUUCAAGCACCUGGUGCCGUCGCCCGCGGGCUGCGACGCCGCGCCGCAGUGCCGCUACUGCCUCGCGCGCUUCGCCACCGACGACGAGGUGGCCAGCCACUUGAACAGCGCGCACCCCAUCGGCACCAAGGCGCCCGACGUCUUCACCUACGCUUGCCUCAUCUGUGAGGUCCGUUUCGCGGCGGUGCUGACGCUGGCGACGCACAUGCAGAAGACGCACAUGCCGCGCGAGCUGCCGUACGCGUGCGGCGCCUGCGCCUACCGCAGCUCCGCGCACCGCGCCACCGUCGACCACCAGCGCGCCUGCCACCGCCGCGCCGCCGCGCUCUGCUGCCCGCACUGCUUCAAGGUGAUCCCGGUGUACGCGGACGGCUACGAGCUGACGGCUAACGUUUUGCUGUACGUCGAGCACCUGAAGCAGCACCAGGACAAGGACCUUGAAGUGAAGUGCAACCGCUGUGUGCUGAAGUUCGUACAUCUCGGGCAACUGAAAGAGCACCAGAUCCGCGAUCACACCAGCGUGGAAGACGCCAUUCCGCUGUGCUCUGAGGAACAUCUCAUCAACCAGCCCAAGAACAAAGCCCGUCCGCCAGUGAAAGACUGCGCGAACCACAACAUCAGCGAGACAUACGAGGGCGUGACACUAGUGCUGCCCGCCGGCGCCGUCUGCCGUGAGUGCGACACGCCGCUCGACACGGACAAACAUUUCCUAGGGCGCACGACGUGCAGCAAGUGCUGCUACGCGACGUCGUGCUACCGCGGCAUGCUGCGCCACAGCGGCUACUGCGCCGGCCCGCACUCGCUGGAGACGGCGCCGCGCCGCGCGCCCGCGCGCCUGCACUGCGUGUGCGGGUACUGCACCGACAUCGGCACGGACAUGUUGUCACACUUGCUGGUGACUGGUCACACGAGCGCGUACUCGUCUGAAGAAGAAGCUCGCGCCAACAUCGUUGGUGGGGAAACCUUCUCUAAGACUGUGGACGAGGCUGUCGACUCUGCGGUGGAGAGCAUGCCGGCCGCCAUACCGGACUACGCGCCCCCGUCGGUGAUCAACACGCAGCUGUCGCUGGAUGACCUCGCGCCGCCCUCCGUGCUGCAGUCCGAUCAGCACGAGCAAGAGUUGCUGAAGGACACGUACGACCGGCCGCUGGCCACGCCGCGCCACGAGGAGCCGCACUACACGCUCGGCGACUUCGAGCCCCUGCCGCAGGAGCCGCCGCCGCAACCUGACUUCGAACAACUCUAAUAUGCACUACGUUCAUAAAACAAGUACUCUAAGUAACUUACUGACGACUAAUGAUGAUGAAAAUUAUUCUAUAUUACUUCUUAGUGUAUAUUGAAUACAAAUAAAGUAAGGAUUUCUCAGAUUUCAAAAUAUAAUCCUUUAGUAGCGUAGGAUUUAACUUUGCCAGACGUCACAAUGAAUUUAUGUUAUGUUAUGACUGACUUUGAAUAACUCUAAUAUGCACUACGUUCAUAAAACAAGUACUCUAAGUACUCUAAGUAACUUUCUGACGACUAAUGAUGAUGAAAAUUAUUCUAUACAGCUUCUUUGUCUUUGUGUAGGUAUAUUGAAUACAAAUAGGGAAGGGAUUCUAAGAUUUCAAAAUAUAAUCCGUUAGUAGCGUAGGAUUUAACUUUGCCAGACGUCACAAUGAAUUUAUACUAUGUUAUAGUAGGGGAGCCCGGGAUGCUAAUUUUGCAGUUACUACAACGUCAUUGGAAUCAAUUAGAUUUGGUAGAUUAGAUUAAAGAAAGAAUAAAUGGUUAUAUACUUUUAUCGCUUUCAACUGUGGAGAAAAAAAGCUACAGACUUUAAAGACAAUUUUUAUUAUUUGCUUACUGAAAUCAUCAGUAAACAUGAGCGAUUAUUCAGAAGAUUAUCUCAUUCUAAAAUAAGUAAAAAAAUAAAUACGACUGUGGCUCGAUCACAGAAAUAUAAGGGUUUUAUUUUGUAACUUUGGAAUCCUCCCAUUCCAUUAUGUUGCGCUCAAAUCGUCAGAUUUUCGAAAUGUACAUCUUUUAGCUAUCAACUCACCUACCUUAUCUUAAUCUGACGUGCUGAUUGAGUAUUUCUGAAGUUUGUUUUUUUUUUGGUUGCCCUAAUCACACCCACCAAUAUUAAGGGUUCGUACUUGAUGGAGGUACUGAACAACGUGCAAGGGAUACUCCAUUAUGUUCAUUUGCCGCGCUCGAAUAACUACCAAAAUCCUCUCUUCGGCUCCCCUACUAUUUGUUUUGUCUAUAAAACAGUGAACACUAUGUAUGCUUAUAAUAAGUUAGUAAUUUGGAUGACUUUCCAUGUUACCAUAAGUCGUGUGCCUAUUUCAAGCAAGAAUUAAAAUUUCAAGAAAAAAAAUCCAUUUUGAAAAGUUGUUCAUAUAAGUUACUUUGAUGUAAGGUUAUGACGCUUUGACUAAGCUUGAAUUUAAUUCAAUACUAUAAUAAUGGAACUAUACUAAUAUAAAUAGAAUGUGUUUUGACUAGACAUUUGGUGAAAUUAAAUUACACAGGUAGGUAUGUAGAAUAUUAGUUUAUUACAUUAUAAUAUAAUACAAAGUUAUUAUAAAUAUUUUUCUAAUUAUAGCAUUUGAUUUUAAUCAGAAUUAUGUUAAGUAUCUAGAAAGAAGAAAAUUAUGUUAAAUAUAACAAGCAGCUGAUGUCUGAUUUGUUUCAUAUAACUUUCACAGAAGUAUAUUUUUGUUAUAAGAAAUACUACUUGUAUUUAAUUAAGCAUUAUUAUCUUUAUUUUACUUAUGGAUGUAGGUUAUUAUAAAAAUAAAUAAUUUACAAUUA